AUGCCAGGGAGACUCCAAAUGGCAUACCGAUCAACUGUUGCCCUCCCUCCGCUGCGGGUAGCAGUGAUUAUACACCUUCUGCUCGCGAAGUCUACACAAGAAUGCCGGCUCACACGGUCAGCCAUGACUGCGUCAAAAAAUAUUCAUCUGCCAUUGCAAAAUGAAGAACCUUUCUCUGAGCGAUCCUCAUGGUACCUUUAUUUCUUCGAAAGAAUUUGUAAAAACUUGCUUGAUGAUGAUACGUUUACUCUGCCAUUUUGGCAAUGGGACGAUUCUUCAGGCAUGCAAAUUCCACCCAUGUUUAACGAGAGCAAAUUGUCCCUAUACAAUUGCUUCCACAACCCAAAACACUUGCCUCCUAAAGUGGUGGAUUUAGCUUACAAAGGCACCGAGAGUCAAAUCCGCCGGCUGAGACCCCAUGCUCGCCAUGCCAACGUUGAUAGAAUGUGGUACAUUUAUAACAAAGUUUUGAAACGCAAAAAUAUUGAAACGCAAGAUUGGUUAAAUUCCUCUUUUAUUUUCUUCAAUGAAGCGGCGAGACCCGUUAGAGUGACGGUUAAGGACUCCACAAAUCUCGCCACGCUUGGUUAUACCUAUCCUGACUUGCAACCUUCUUGGUUAACAUGUAAACCAACAGCGCGUAGAAAUGGCCUGAACCUGACAAAAUUGUCUUUCAAUGCCCCUAAGGCUAGUGAAGUGCUGCCAAUGAAAUUAGAGAAACCCAUCAGCUUCGUGGUUGAGCGGCCUAAGAAGGCAAGGAGUGGACAAGAGAAAGCAGAGGCAGAAGAGGUGCUAAAGAUUAAGGGGAUCGAAUUUGAUAAAGGAGAAACUGUGGUGUUCGAUGUGUUUGUGAACGAAGACAAUACGAGUCCGUGUAAUCCGUGCAAGGCUGAGUCUCUAGGAAGCUCCCGCACCUUGGCGCAUGGACAUGGCAAGAAAUCUACCACUUCCCGCAGUUGUGCGAUUUCAGAGGCGUUGGAGGAAUUGGGAGCUGAUGAUUUUGACAGCAUUUUGGUCACUUUGGUCCCCAGAAGAGGUGUCGUGACCAUAGGUGGUGUCGAGAUUCCCUUUGUUCCUAAAUCUUAA